AUGGCACCCGCAGACCUCGACACCGCCGAAGCCCAAUGGCGGGCUCAAUUCGAAGCCAUGAAGACGGCCCUGGCCGGUCUGAAGCUGCCGUCCGCGCCACCAUCUGAAGUGGACUUUGACGACGACUACGAGGGGUACUCCUCAGGAAACGGCGCACAGGACGUGUGGGAUUUUAUCGAAGACGACGACGAAGACGACUACAGCAGUGACCAGCUCGACGGCCCGGACGCACUCAACGGAGACGGCGCGUACGGCGCUGCCUGGUUUGCGAGCAAGUGCUCUGGCAUUGCUGCGAAGAAUGGCCUGGCCGAGGAUGUGUUCCAGAGCCAGGUCAUGAGCGUGCUGACCUCGGGCCGUGGCGACGAGGAGCUGCAGUCGCAGCUGGCUGACCUCAUCGGCUUUGAUGACUUUGACUUCAUCAUUGAGCUGCUCGGUCACCGCGACGAGAUUGUGACCGCCGUCAAGUCACAGGGGGACCAGGAGGCGACUGGGCGACUGUUGACCAAAUCCCAGCGCGAGGAGGCGCUGAGACGCCAGGACUACGAGCACAAGAAUGCGGCCCUCGCUCCGGCCAUGACCAAGGAGAUUCAGUACCCCCACGUCUACAAGGCGUACAAUGCCGGGAACUCUCUCAGCCACUCUGGCAAGAAGUACGCGCUCCCCACGGGGAGUGAGAGGCUGCAGUUCGAAAAGUACGAAGAGUACGCCAUUCCUGCGGGAAAGAAGGGCGUCCUGGGCCCCGGCCAGAAGCUGGUCAAGAUAUCCGACAUGGAUGGCCUCUGCCGCGGGACCUUCAAGGGGUACAAGACGCUCAACCGCAUGCAGAGUCUGGUGCAUCCGGUGGCAUACAGGACGAACGAGAACAUGCUCAUCUGCGCGCCCACUGGUGCUGGCAAAACGGACGCCGCCAUGCUCACCAUCCUGCAAACCAUCGGCCACUACUGCACGCCCAAUCCCAUCGAGGACCCGGCCACCACAGACUUUGCAGUCGACGCGCAAGACUUCAAGAUCGUCUACGUCGCCCCGAUGAAGGCGCUCGCGGCGGAAGUCACCGAGAAGCUCGGCAAGCGACUGGCCUGGCUUGGCAUCAAGUGCCGCGAGUUCACCGGAGACAUGCACCUGACCAAGGCCGAGAUCGUCCAGACGCAAAUCAUCGUCACGACCCCUGAGAAAUGGGACGUCGUCACGAGAAAGGGCACCGGCGACACCGAGCUGGUGCAAAAGGUCCGCCUCCUCAUCAUCGAUGAGGUUCACAUGCUUCACGACGAACGCGGUGCUGUGCUGGAGUCGCUCGUUGCCAGAACGGAGCGCCAGGUGGAAAGCACCCAGUCGCUGAUCCGCAUCGUCGGUCUGAGUGCCACGCUCCCCAACUACAUUGAUGUGGCCGACUUCCUCAAGGUCAACCGGUACCAGGGUCUCUUUUACUUUGACGCCUCCUUCCGCCCCGUGCCGCUGGAGCAGCACUUCAUCGGCGUCAAGGGCAAGGCCGGCUCGAAGCAGUCCAAGGAGAACCUGGACCAGGUCGCCUUCGAAAAGGUCAGAGACAUGCUCCAGCGGGACCACCAGGUCAUGGUGUUUGUGCACUCGCGGAGAGACACCAUGGUCACGGCCAAGAUGCUGUACGAGAAGGCCGUGGAAGACUUUUGCAUCGAUCUCCUCGACCCGACCAUGCAUCCCGGGUACGAGAACGCGGUGCGCGAUAUGAAGUCGUCCAAGGCGCGGGACCUGCGCGAGCUGAUCCCAAAAGGUCUCGGCGUGCACCACGCCGGCAUGGCCCGUUCCGACAGAAACCUGAUGGAGCGGCUCUUUGCUGAAGGAGUCCUCAAAGUGCUCUGCUGUACGGCGACGCUCGCGUGGGGUGUCAACUUGCCCGCCGCGGCCGUCGUCAUCAAGGGCACCCAGGUCUACAGCGCCCAGGACGGCAAGUUUGUCGACCUCGGCAUCCUCGACGUGUUGCAAAUCUUUGGUCGUGCCGGUCGUCCGCAGUUCGAGGACACCGGUAUUGGCAUGAUUUGCACGACACAGGACAGGCUCCACCACUACCUGACCACCGUCACGGAGCAGCAGCCGAUCGAGUCCAAGUUCUCGACGAAGCUGGUCGACAACCUCAACGCCGAGAUCGCGCUGGGCACGGUGACGUCCAUCCCCGAGGCCGUCCAGUGGAUCGGCUACUCGUACCUGUUCGUCCGCAUGCAACGGAGCCCCAUGAGCUACGGCAUCGAGUGGGCUGAGAUCAGGGACGACCCGACGCUCGUCCAGAGGCGCCGCACGCUAGCGAUCCAGGCGGCCCGCACGCUCCAGCAGAGCCAGAUGAUCAUCUUCAACGAGGUGACCGAGGAGCUCCGCAGCAAGGACAUUGGCCGCAUUGCAAGCCAGUAUUACAUCCUGCACACCAGCAUCCAGAUCUUCAACACCAUGAUGCAGCCGCAAGCCACCGAGGCCGACAUCCUCAAAAUGAUUAGCAUGAGCGGAGAGUUUGACAAUAUCCAGUCGAGAGACUCGGAGGAAAAAGAGCUUACCAAGAUGAAGUAUGACGUGGUGCCCUGCGAGGUCGACAGCGGCAUCGACACGCCCCAGGCCAAGACGAACAUUCUGCUUCAGGCGUACAUUUGCAGAGCCCAGCCGGAGGACUUUGCGCUGGGCAACGACCUGAACUACGUGGCCCAGCAGGCCGGCCGCAUCUGCAGAGCCUUGUUCAUGAUUGCCCUGAAUAGGAGAUGGGGCCACCAGUGCUUGGUCCUGCUCACGCUGGCCAAGUCGAUCGAGAAGCGCAUCUGGGCGUUCCAGCACCCCCUGCACCAGUUUGACUUUCCCAAGUCGGUGCUCAACCAGCUCGACGCCAAGGACAACCUGUCGAUCGAGGCCAUGAGGGACAUGGAGCCCGCAGAGAUUGGCAGCCUCGUCCACAACCAGAGCGCCGGCAAGAAGAUUGCCCACAUUCUCAACAACUUCCCCACGGUCAGCGUCGAGGCUGAGAUCGCCCCUCUUAACCGCGACGUCCUCCGCAUCAAGCUGUUCAUCUACCCAGACUUCAAGUGGAACGACCACGUCCACGGCACGUCCGAGUCGUACUACAUCUGGGUCGAAAACUCGGAGACGUCCGAGAUUUACCACCACGAGUUCUUCAUCCUCAACAGGAGAAAGAUUCACGACGACCACGAGCUCAACUUCACCAUUCCCCUCUCCGACCCCCUGCCGAACCAAAUCUACGUGCGGGCGGUCUCUGACCGGUGGCUCGGCGCCGAGACGGUCACGCCCGUCUCCUUCCAGCACCUCAUCCGCCCCGACACGGAGAGCGUCUACACCGACCUCCUGAACCUGCAGCCGCUGCCCAUCAGCGCCCUGAAGAACCCGGCCCUCGAGGAGAUUUACGCCCAGCGCUUCCAGUUCUUCAACCCCAUGCAGACGCAAAUCUUCCACACCCUCUACCACACGCCUGCAAACGUCCUCCUCGGCUCGCCCACGGGCAGCGGCAAGACGGUCGCGGCUGAGCUCGCCAUGUGGUGGGCGUUCAAGGAGCGCCCCGGGUCAAAGGUCGUCUACAUCGCCCCCAUGAAGGCCCUCGUCCGCGAGCGUGUCAAGGAUUGGGGCGCCCGGCUUGCGCGGCCCCUCGGCCUCAAGCUGGUUGAGCUGACGGGUGACAACACGCCCGACACGCGCACGAUCAAGGACGCCGACGUAAUCAUCACCACCCCUGAGAAGUGGGACGGUAUCUCCCGUAGCUGGCAGACGAGAGGCUACGUCCGCCAGGUCAGCCUGGUCAUCAUUGAUGAGAUCCACCUGCUCGCCGGCGACCGCGGCCCGAUUCUGGAAAUCAUCGUCUCGCGCAUGAACUACAUUGCGGCGUCCAUCAAGAACUCGGUCCGCCUGCUCGGCAUGUCGACGGCCUGCGCGAACGCGACGGACCUGGGCAACUGGCUCGGCGUCAAGGAGGGCCUUUUCAACUUCCGACACUCGGUCCGCCCCGUCCCGCUGGAGCUCUACAUUGACGGCUUCCCCGAGACCAGGGGGUUCUGUCCGUUGAUGCAGUCAAUGAACCGCCCGACGUUCCUCGCGGUCAAGACGCACAGCCCCGACAAGCCCGUCAUCGUGUUCGUCCCGUCUCGAAGGCAGACCCGCCUGACGGCCAAGGACCUCAUCAACUAUUGCGGCAUGGAGGACAACCCGCGACGGUUCCUCCACAUGGACGAGGACGACCUGCAGCUCAACCUCGCCCGCGUCAAGGACGACGCCCUCAAGGAAGCCAUCAGCUUCGGCAUCGGCCUGCACCACGCCGGUCUCGUCGAGUCUGACCGCCAGCUCGCCGAGGAGCUCUUUCUCAACAACAAGAUCCAGAUCCUGGUCGCGACCAGUACCCUCGCCUGGGGCGUUAACUUGCCCGCUCACCUCGUCGUCGUCAAGGGCACGCAGUUUUAUGACGCCAAGAUCGAGGGCUACAAGGACAUGGAUCUGACAGAUGUCCUCCAGAUGCUGGGCCGCGCCGGCCGCCCGCAGUUCGACAACUCGGGCGUGGCGCGCAUCUUUACACAAGACGCCAAAAAGGACUUUUACAAGCACUUUUUGCACACCGGCUUCCCCGUGGAAUCCUCCCUCCACACCGUCCUCGACAAUCAUUUGUGCGCCGAAGUCUCGGCCGAGACUGUCGUCACGAAGCAGGACGCCCUGGACUACCUCACGUGGACGUUCUUCUUCCGCCGCCUGCACAAGAACCCCUCGUACUACGGCCUCGAGAUCUCCGCUGAGGAGCACAACAGCAUCGCCGCGCAGACGAUGGCCAACGACUACAUGAUUGAGAUGAUUGACAAGUCCCUGGGUGAGCUGGCAAAGUCCAGCUGCGUCGAGGUGUUCCCCAACGGCGAUGUCGACCCCACGCCCUUUGGCAAGAUUAUGAGUUACUACUACCUCUCUCACAAGACCAUCCGCCACCUCGUCAAGCACGCCAAGGCCCAGGCGUCUUUUCUCGAUGUUCUGUCGUGGAUGUCGCGCGCAACCGAGUACGACGAGCUCCCGGUCCGCCACAACGAAGACCUCAUCAACGACGAGCUGUCCCGCAACCUGACUUAUUCUGGCAACUCCUUUGGCCUGCCCAUGUGGGACCCCCAUGUGAAGGCCUUUCUCCUGCUCCAGGCGCACAUGUCGCGCAUCUCCCUGCCCAUCACGGAUUACGUCGGUGACCAGACCAGCGUGCUUGACCAGGCCAUCCGUAUUAUCCAGGCCUCCAUCGACGUCCUCACGGAGCUGGGCCACCUUUCCAGUUGCCUCGAGUUCAUCAAGCUCCUGCAGUGCAUCAAGUCGGCUCGCUGGCCCACCGACCACCCGGCCUCCAUUCUUCCCGGCGUGGGCGUGGACACGCUCAAGAACGACACGUCGGACCUCACCCUCGCCAAGAUUGGCGCUCUGGGAUCCCCGGGCAAAGUUACGCAGCUGGCGAAGAAGCUCUCCGUCGCGCCGCACCAGCAGCCUCGCUUCGCAAAGGCCGUCGCACAGCUCCCGAACCUCGCCGUGUCGGUCCCGGAGACGACCGCGCUGUCGGUGUCCGUCGACCUCCGCCGCCUGAACCCCCUGACGGAGCGCGACGCCCACGUCUACGCACCGCGCUUCCCGAAGCCGCAAAAUGAAGGCUGGUUUGUCGUCCUGGCCGACACGGCCCGGGACGAGGUCAUCGCCGUCAAGCGCGCGGGCUGGUCUCAGGGCGCCGGCAGAAGCGUCGCCGUCGGCUCCAAGCCCACGGCCCGCGCCAACUUCAAGGUGCCCGAAGCCGCUCAGGGCAGGAAGCUCGAUGUGCUCGUCGUCAGCGAUGCUUAUGUAGGGCUAGAGUACAGGAUUGGCGGGAUCGACAUCCCGACGGCGCCCGUGGUGGACGACGAUGUAGACAAGUCCAAGAAGGCACAGGCACAGCAGAGCGGUGGUGGUGCCUCUCGGGCGUAA